UGCCCUCAACCUCCUCGCCCUCCUGCCCAACCUCCUCGCCCUCCUACUACCCCCGACCACGACCACCACCACGACGACCACCACCACCACCACCACCACAGUAGCGAUCCUCUGCAGUGGUUGAGAGAGUCAGUACCUGGUGAGCCCGGCGUCGACUACCCUAUCUUCGGCUGGCCCAUUAUUGACACCGCCUUCUCCUGUGCUGGUAAACGAGACGGCUACUACGCUGACCCCGAGACAAGGUGCCAAGUCUUCCACAUCUGUCAGUUCGAGACAGACACCAAAGUCCUUUGUCCCAACGGCACCAUCUUCGAUCAGGAGAAAUUCAACUGCAUCUGGUGGAACGCCGUCGACUGUUCCGCCACCGAGUCGUUCUAUAAUUUGAAUAAUGAGAUCGGUGUCGUCCCUGCUGAUAGCCCGUACCAGGUGCAGCCUCAACCUACUCCUGGCACCGCUACCUUUAACGUCCCCAGCGCCGUCAGACCACCCUCUAACGUCAUUCCCCCAUCCCAGCCUCAACGACCAGCGACUCCACUUCAACCUAGUCAGCCUCAACGACCAGCGACUCCAUUUCGACCUAUUCAGCCUCAACGACCAGUGACUCCAUUUCGACCUAUUCAGCCUCAACGGCCAGCGACUCCACUUCAACCUAGUCAGCCUCAACGGCCAGCGACUCCAUUUCGACCUAUUCAGCCUCAACGACCAGUGACUCCAUUUCGACCUAUUAAGCCUCAACGACCAGCUACUCCACUUCGACCUACUCCGCCUCAACAACCACAGCUUCCACCCCGAAGUCCUCCUCGGACCCCUCAACCCCGCCCACCAGUCCAGCAUCAACCGCCACAGACUGAAAUCCAGUUCCCUGGUCCUCCUUCCCCACCCUCCCAACCCACCCAAACACGCCGGCCCCCAGUGCGAACAACCAGCAAGCCAGCAGUCAUAGGUUACAUAGACAUUGUGCCGGAUACUCCCCCAAUAGGCCUCUACAACACCCCAAACUUCUAAUAAAGAGAGACUAAGGAAGGACAACCCUGAAGACCACCGAAGAAAAAGUACCCAUCGCAGGACCAAGAUUGCCGGAACACUGAAGCAGGUCUCGUGAUCUGUGGACUGCUCUCUGACUCCCGCUCCUUCUAUCAACUUGUGGCAGCGGGAAAAAGAUGAAGCUACCUCCCUAAUGUACACCCACGUUAUACUGUAGGAGAUGUAAAACACAUAAAAAGAUCAACACACAUACUCUUUAUGUGUGUGUGUGUAAAUAUAUAUAGUUAACCACUUCCCACAAGUUGUGUACUAUCCUCACGAUGAUAAUAAUAAGAAACUCUCCAGACAUACAGUUACCUCCUAAACUCUGUCCUGUAAGUUAUCUCCCUCUAGACUCACUGUGUACAGGAAGCAAGUGGUCAUAAUUCUCAUUAAAACAAGAAAUUCCAAAAGAUAAGCUGUUUUUACAUUGGCUAUUGUGAUUUAAUUUAAGAAACUGGUGGUGCAGCCUAGCCCGGUGCUCACGGAGGUUAACUCAAAAGACCUUUCCCAACGUCUAGCACAAAUAAUUAAAAGUAAAUUGAAGUCAAAAUUGUCAGAUGAUCACCUUACGCUAUCGUCUUCCCCGUGAUAACAAAAUAAGGCAGACCAAGACGGCAACACUCGAUUCCUGGUUUGGCUCUGUAAUAAGUGUAUAAAUACGAUAAUUUCCGAACUCUCCGACAUUAUUAACACUAUUAUUCGAAUACUGUAUGACCUAUAGAUUUAGUUCAAUAAAAAAAAAUAAGUAAAUGAGCCCAAGAUGAUAUUUGUAUACCGUUUGUUGUCAGACAAACGGUAUACAAAUAUCGCUUCGGGAACAUACAGGAAAAUCACAGAAAUUUGUGUAUGUUUCUGAUUGGAUUGUGUACAGUGCUGGUUGCGCUUGCAUGUUUUAACCAUAGGAUUAAUAAACACACCUGAAAGUA